AUGGAAAAUGAAAGCGAAGCGUGUAUAAGUCAUCCAGUAGCUGUAAAGUUUGUUGACGUAAAAUGGCGAAAGAGAGGAUUCAAAUACAGCUUAGCAUCAAUAACUCUGAGUAUGAUCUUUCAUAUUUGUCUUAUAAUAUAUACAACACUCGUUGUUGGUGAGGUGAAACAGAUCAUUGUGGUAAAGGGUAAGUAAUUAUUAGUAAUACACAUGUUAUAUAAGAACGUUUUUGAUUGGCUAAAAUGCGUAUUUUGAGCACGGCAAAAAAGCACGGGAAAUCAGGUUUGUCUCUUUAUUGAAAAAUAUUUCCUCCAGAAUGUUCACAAAACUUUUCAUUGUUUUAAUCAAUAAAAUAUAACUUGUUGAAGAAAAACACUCAGCGAUUUAUUUAUUUUAACCAAAUCAUGUGUAAAAAUCCAUGUUGAAAGACUGGUUUGAAGCUUGUACUCGUAAUUAUUCGACGAGUAUUUACCGUGUUUACCAUAACGCUCGUUAGAAAGGUUUGAGAAAAAACACUUCUAAAACGGCAAAACUGAUCAACUGGUCCUACAUUAAAAUGGGUUAAAGUUUGCAGGUAAUCCAGGAUAGGUGGUAAUCCACUAAAUCCAGUUGCAAAACAAUUAAACGAAUGAAUGAAUGAACAACUUUAUUUAAAGAGGGUAAAAACACAUGACAGCAAUAUGACUGAAAAUCCUGUGGCCCUCAUAUGAAAAAUUUAAUUAAAUAAGAAAAAUUCAAAUAAGAAAUAAAAAAAACAUAAAAAGAGUCAGACCACAACACAAUGAUUAGUUUCGUGCAUACAUGGAAGUGUAUCACAGUCGGCCUACGCCAGAUGAUUUUCUCCCAAGAAAAUGUCUGACGGACUUGUACAGACAGAAGGCUAUAUCAGCAUAGACGACCACGACACUAUCAAUGCACUCUCACGAAAUUCAAUGUUGAGUAAAAUCAUAUUAUUCGAUAUUUACGACAUUAAAACAAUUAAAGAUAUUAAAUGAAGGGCAGUCGCUGAGCGGAAAAGAAAAGAACAAGAAAGAUGCGGAAGAUGUUACAUUAGGCAAGCUGCUUUUAAAGAAACGAUAAGUAUGGGAAAUUAAUCCUGAAGUAUAGGGUAAAUUUGUUUCUAAAACAGUUUAUGUGUGACUUUGCUGUUCAUUUCACGCCUGCAGACCCUGAACAAGCAGCUUUCCUUUUCAUUGUAUGUGAAAGUUUCUUUGAAUUUAUUCGGUUUUAUUUCUUAUUGAAGCUCAAAAAAGGAGAGCAAAUUAUUUCCAUGAGUGACCUGUAUGAUUUGAUUUUAUCGGCAAAAAGCAGUUAAUUUCACUGAACAUUUAAAAACAUUUUACGAAGCGUUUUGUGUUGAAUUUGACAUUAAAAUAAAAUCCAUAGAAUGCAAAAUAACAUACGUACUUUAUAUAUAAAUCGAUAGUUCUAUAGAGCGUUUGCACAUGACGUCACAGCCGCCAUGCACGUUGGUGUUCCAACUCAAAAGAAUUUUAAUUAAACUCUUUUGUCUGGAACACCAACAUGGUCGCCAUGGCUUUUGUUGAGUUGGUCCCUGAGGAUUGAGUGCAAGCGCUCUACAUGCAGGGUGUCCCAAAAACAAGGACGUAGCUAGACCGAUAAUUGGGGGGGGGUGUAUAUUCAUAUAUUCGUGUUCUACCCGGCGGAUUUGCUGGCGGCCGAUCGAUCUUUGCUUUCAGAUUAGUGUUAAGGCAUUCAAAUUCUAACAAUUCGUUAUUUCACUAGCUAGCUUUGGGUUUUUUGGGACACCCUGUAUAGUCAAAAGUGUAAAGCGCUACACGGCUAACAUGACGCGAGAAACGCGAGCCUCCGUUCAGUGUUGGCGUAAUUAUGGAUACUUCAUGUUGAAACAAUAUUUGGAAAAGUGGGCGAGGGGUUGUUUACACAUGAUGCAUGUAUUUCUAGUUUAGUAAUUACUGAUUUAGAUCAAGCACAGAGCUCCGCCGGGAGGAUUAAUACUCGUACCGGAUGAAUUACAGUCACGGUUGUGUAUGAAGCUUCGUGUUAUUAACUGAACAAAAUAGUAAAGUUCUUUAUGUUUCUUUCGGAUAGUUGGUUUGGUGUUGGAAUUAAAGGAAAGAAACGUACUUUGAACAUGAACCUCGGAGAGAUCGCGGAAAGGCUACAAGUGCUUGGAGGGGGGUCACUUUCAAUUGUAGGUGUACUUGACCGGUCCCUAAAGUUCGGUUCACGUAGGCUUAUGGGCCACAUUUGGCACAGUGCCCUAUUAAAUUAUCUAUCUGCAUGGGUUACACAUGUUACAAAGUUAAUUACUCUGUUAUUAUAGUUUUUAUACUUUCUGAAAUUUUCAGAAGCUGAUGGCAAAAAUGUUACCAGACAUAUCCAUAAACGCGAGAGUACAUCAGCAAAUGCUCCAAACGUGAUGGUAUUAAGAAUAAUAUUGCUGAUUAUUACAUCUGGAUCUGUAUUGAAAGAAAUUGUCCAGGUAAUAGACUCGUUCAACUCAGCGGCGGCGGAACAGGGGGAUCCUCUCUUGUAGGAAUCAAUUACACAAUUAUUGAUACUAACAACAAGAUAUUGAUUUUUUUCAUGCACCUUGAUUUAUGCACAUAUAAUUUAACUGAAACAUAGUAUUAAAUUAGCCUUUCUUAUACGCCACCAUUUUUGAGUGGCUUUUCACCCGAAGUCUGCGAGAGUGCGAGAUAAGUCCACAUAACAGCGACUUUUUAUAAUUUUUUGGACGAAGAUAGUAAAUUUGCUUUGUAAAUGGUUAGUUUAUUUUGAAAAUGUGGCUGCGAGAGGCGCUUGCGUACUUUAAUAAUACCUGCGAUAUGGUUUUUUUUCACGAUUGAUGUCAAUGGGUGCAAUAUGAAAAAAUUAUUGACGUCAUUACUAUAAUGAACAUUACGAACAGAACCAAUCUUGCUUCCCCUUCGGCCGUUGAUUACAGACUUUAAGAAGGCAACUUUAAAAAAAAAAUAAAAACGAAAUUAAAAUCAAAACAGCCACGAAAACCCUGAAAUAUUUUUUGACAAAUAUUAAGUCCCACAAGCGUAGCAACUUUUCUCCAUGAACUAAGAUGUUUAGUUAGCUGAGCAUCAAUAAGACGAUAACUAGCCUAUGUUUUAUUUCAGAUGAAAGUACAAGGUAUAAAGUACUUCACCAAGGUUUCUCGUUACUAUGAAAUAUCAAUGCGUAUCCUUGUUUACCUCUUUCUUCUCCCUGUGGAGGAAGAAAUAUCUACGGCUCAUAUUGCUUCUGGCUCCAUUGCGGUUCUGUAUUCGUGGAUUACACUCAUUCAGUAUCUCAAAGUUGUACCAGUCAUGGGGAUUUAUAUCAUAGUGGUUCAAAAGAUUUUCUACACUGUUAUGAAGGUGUGUGACGUUAUGCCGACCGCAAAAAAAUGGGCUAGUAGUAUUCAUAAGACACAUUUCAACCUGACAUACAUAAUGACCUGAUAGUGCGUAUUAAUGGUGAACUCGUUUGCAAGAGAGUGUCCUUUGUACACUAGCUUGUGAUCAUUCAAAUAGACCUUCCAAAUUUUAGCUUAUAACUUAGCCUUCGUUUUAUCUUCCCGUUUUCUCGUGCCCGCGCAUACCGCCUGCUACGUCUACCUUCGUUUGAGUCAGAUGCGCAACCUCGUUCCCAGACUGGGAUCAAGAUUGUUAGGUACGUUGUGUGUUGUGUGAAGACCACUGAUGAAGACAUACAUAAUGGGCAAGUUUAUUACCAUGAGCACCUUAUGAUAACAAUGAGGACGUUUUAACGUCAAUUUCAAGAGUGCAUCAUAGAACAUCGUAAGGGAAUUUCCAUCCUGACACUCAGCUAUUUGUCUAAAAUUGGCUACGAUAUAUUUUAGGAAAAACUUGACCCAAACUUUCUAUUUGGAAACAAUUGCAAUCCAUCCGAUCCUUCAUAGAUCGAUGCAUUGCAAAUUUGAAGAUGUCAUCAACAUUGGUAAAAGUUCUACUUAGUAAUACUUUCAGAAACUAUUUUGACAAAAUUUGGAAGUGUGAUGAACUAAAUGUUAACAGAUUCCUACAGGGCAUUUUUUAACUAUAUAACUGGAAAAAUUAAGCCCCCCUAGCCUGCAUGUCAGGCUCUUUCUUGAAAUAGAGCCUGCUACUGAAGUCAAUAAAAAGUGGACAGUAAUUUGGAUGUGAUUUUAGAUUAUCAAAGUUAAUUUAAAAUAUGAUAGCCCGCCCGACCACACCGCCCGCCCGCCCCACCCCCGGCAGGGUUGGAUAAAAGAAGAUUUUUAUGAGAAAAAAAUCUUCUUUUUUCUUUUAGUACUAAAAGAAGAUUUUAAGUACUAAAAGAAGAUUGUUGACAUUCGAAAAAAAAUACGAUGAUGAAGUCACAAUGUGACGUAAUUUUUAAAUUUCACUAUUGAGACUGGUGAACGUAAUGGAAUUUUCAUUAUGAAAAUGAUUGAAUCCCAGUUUUCUUAUUAUAUUUGUUAUUUAAAUAAUUAAAUAAAUAUUAUUGUCAAAUUUACAAAACUACUUUUAAAUUAAAUAAUUAAAUAUAAUAUAAAAAAAUAAAAAAUACUAAAAGAAGAUAAAAGAAGAAAUUUUGCUUCAAAAAAAUCUUCUUUUAGUAUAAAAGUAGAUAAAAGAAGAAAUAAUAAAAGAAGAUUUGCCAACUAAUUUUUCCGCCAAUAUUUCGAAAAUAAAUAUUCCAAUUUUCAUUAAACGGCCAGGAAUUACAUACUAAAUAAUAAUAACGGAUAUUGCCGUGUUUAUAGACAGCAAAGGCACUAAUUGAUGUGGCCAAAAGUACAAUUACAAGUACGUAAUAUCAUAUUACAUAAACAACAACUGGAUAUUACCUUAAAAGGCACGUUUGUUUAUUUCUGACCAAGCAUACAGCCUGACACACAGGCCAAAGCGGAGUAGGUAUUGUUCGAGUUAAGCCCUUCGAGUUAUUAAAGGGGCAAUGUCACCGAUUUUUGGGCAAUUCCAAGGCAACCCUCGCAAAUUUUGUCCAAAACUGAAAAAGAAUGAGUGUAAGCAGAAAAUAAAGCAAUAACAGACACAAAAAACAUGUACAGAAGUCUGGAUGGGCAAGAUUACGCCAGGAUUGAGAUGGAUUGUAAAUGGCAUCUUGAUUGUUGGCAGUAGCACUUUUUCAAGUUUUAGUCAAUUUUUAUGAAAAUAUCAUGUCACAUGUUGCGUGGAAGUUCAAAGUUGUUUAAUAUGACCCAUAUAUCAUAACUUAAUCCAUUUACAAUGUUUAUUUUCAACUUUGUAGUUCAGUUUUUGAAUAAAAGGCAUUUUAGGUCAAAAAUCGGUGACAUUGCCCCUUUAAGCCCUUUUCGAGUUUAGCCCCCUGCCACGCCCUUUUUCGCCGGGGCUUAACUCGAAGUCAAUUAACGAUUUGAGCAUUCUUCGAGUUUUAAGUGACGCGUGUAUAUUCGCAAAAAUAUUGGCAAAUAAGGAGGGAGAAUGUAAAAUUUCAGCAAUUUUAAGAAAUAUAUUUUACUAUAAAACGAGUUUACAUAAUUUUAUAGUCCUAGAUCUAGUCGUUGCCGAGUAAGUCGGUUAGAAAGAUGGCUUCCAUAUAACCAUGCCUAAGAUUUGUUCUGCAAGUGCCGCUAUAUAUGAUUUAUUUUUUAAAGGUAAUUGACCAUUCGCGUGAUAGACUAAAUUUUGAUCUAAACAAGUCUGGACAAAAAUUUCAUCACAGCUUGAAAGAGCAUCACAAAAUUAGUAAUAUUCCGAAGUUUGGUUGCGAAAUGUUGUAAAAUGCGGAUAAUAUAGCCUUGCGAAGUUUGCAAUUUUCAGUCAUUUUAGAUUACAAACGGGAAAUUGACAGCCUCAAAGGGUAUUGGGCUGUCAAUUUCCCCCGCGUAGAUCAAAAUGAGAUAAAAAUUUAGUCUAUCACGCAAGUAGUCAAUUGCCGCCCUGAAUGAGCUGUUGUUUACAAAUCCUUAUUGAUCGAGUUCUCUCGUUUCACGAUGUCAUUGUCUGUAUAAAACUGUAGGCAAAUCUUAGUAAAAUAUAUUUCUUAAUAUUGUUGAAAUUUCACAUUCUCCCUCCUUAUUUGCCAAUAUUUUUGCGAGUGCACUGUGAGUAUCUAAAUUGAUUGCAAUUUUCCUCAUUACCUUUGCAAUUUAAAAAACUCCCUUGCAAAUCCCUUGAAGAAAUUUGCAAUGUUGCUAAAAGCCGAUAAAAUUUUCCUCAGUUCCUGUUAGAAGUUCCUAACUCCUGUUAGAAGUUCCUAACUUCCUGUUCUGUUCUGCGCGUUGCAAUUGGCUAACAAAAAUAAUCGACCAAUGACAACGCUCAAAACAGAACAGGAAGUCAGGAAAUUAAAACAGGAAGUUAGGAAAAUUUAAAAUGAAGUUUUUUGCAUUGGAAUAUUGCAACAGCCGAUAGGAACAUUGCAAUUUCCCUCAAGGGAUUUGCAAAGAGUUUUUCAAAUUUGCAAAGCUAAUAAGGAAAAUUCCAAAUGAGUUAGGAAGUCAAAAGAGGAACGCUUCACGUAGUUUACCUGUAAAUCGUUAAUUGACUUAGAGUUAAGCCCCGGUGAAAAAGGGCGUGGCAGGGGCUUAACUCGGAAGGGCUUAAUUCGAAGGGCUUAACUCGAAAAAUACCGACCCCACCAAAGCCCUGCCCCAGCCUCCACCGUGCCCCCCCCCCCCCCCCCCCCCCAAAGUCCUUUUUCUCUAAAAUAUAAGCAAAACAUUGAAUUUAGAAGGGAGGUUUGAUAUUCUAGUAAAUUAAAUUUGCUUUGUGAAUCUUAUGUCCUGUCUUUUAUCUUUUUAAAAUACAAUGUCUUUUUAAAAAUGGUAAACAUUGUGUUCUAAAUGCCUUCAUAUCCAAGACCAUAUAGAUUUGAGUUGGAAGGCUCGGCUAAACUAUAGUGACCACAGGGGCGUAGGAACCAGGGGGGCCGCUGGCCCCCAACCCAAUACUUUAUAUGGCGGGAGGGGGGGGGGGCGUGGGAAAAGCUUUCGGCCCCCCUAAAAACAAUUGAAUUCGAAACUAGAGGAAUUUGAAAUCGUACAUAUAUAUUAAUCAAAUAUCUUCAAAUAUGUGUGAUCAAUAUUUUGAUAACAAUAUUUCUCGUAAUAAUCCAUCCUAACUUCUCAUGUACGGAUAGCAUAGACUAACAAAUCAUAAUGAAAGACGAAAGAGGUAGACUCUGAAAAUUCCAUUUCCGACGAUCUAGAGACUCAAAAUUUGCCAACCAUGGUGUUGAUGGGAGUCGAGCCCCCUAAGUUUAUCAAGCUUCCUGGCCAUGAGUGACCGAGUUGUGAUAUUUACAUAAACAUACCAUGCAAGUACUUAACUGAAGAUUCAGUCUAGCUACAGCAUAAUGUAACACUGGAAAUAAAAAAAUCUGUUUCAGAAAACGCGCCGCCGAAGUGCAGUCCUAGGGGUAGAAAAAUACAAACAUUUUCUGGGGACAUGCGAUACCACACCAAAAUGUUUGUCAGCAACCUCUGUCAUCUCUCCACACUCCCCAGUAUGGUCCCUAUUUGUAUAUCCCCCCCCCCCCCACGGACAAAUUCUUCAAAAAAGCUCUGAAUUCCUAUAAGCCACAAUUAUUGUACAAAAUUAUGAACAUUAAAUUAAUUCAUACUUAUCCUGGUUUUUCUAGAUAUUGAUCGUUGUUGUCAUAUAUUUACUAAGCUUUUCCACCACCUUCUACAUAUUGUUAACAGAACAUGAUAGCUUUCGUAAUAUUCAGAUUUCGAUCGUUUCAACAUUUGUUGCCAUGACAUCUGGUUUUGAGUAUGAGGAACAAUUUGUCAACGUUGGAUGGCAUGCGGAGAUUUACGAACUAAAGAUGGCUGUCCUUAUUUUGUGUAUACUCGUCUUGUCGAUAGUUGUAAACAAUGCUCUGAUUGGUUUAGCUGUUGGGGAUACCGAUGAAGUCAUGAAAUCAGCAAAAGUUGAUAAAUUUAAACGGAGGGUACGAGUGAUAGGUUUUUAAUAAAAGUUUUUUUCGAAAUGCCCAAAUUGUGAUCCAUUUUAAUCAGUUGGCCAUUCCCGAAGUAAGGAGUAAUUAUAGGGUAAUUCGCUCGCAGCCGAGAGACUUCAUGGCUAUGGGAAGGGAAUUAGUUGUCUCAAAAGGACAGAGGGAGGUGUGCAUAACAGAGGUUACGAAACUACAGUUCUGAUUUACGAGCACGGGUAGCGUCAUUUUUUUGGGUAAUUUUUACUGACAUAGGCGUACGGGAAGGGAAAACUUGGGAAAGAUAACUACGGGCAGCCCCUAAAAACAAGCCCGAUGGAAUAUCUGAUGAGCUCACCACCUCAUGCACACCUACAGUAAAUUGAAUCCUAAGAAUGAAAAAAUCAAUUCUAAGAUUAAAUCAUUUAAAUGAUUUAAUCCUAAGACUGAAUAUUGAAUCAUUAAAUCCCAAGACCGAAUAAUUCAAUCCUAACAUUGAAUCCUUGAAAAAUAUGACGGUUUAAGGAAGGCGGCCACAAACCAUGUUUAUUUCAGGGAAUUCUUUUCCACUGGAGCAUGUUUACAUAUUUCGUGUUCUGGUAUUAUAUGCAUGCGUGACAUCAACUCAAAUUACUUUUGUUGCAAGAAAGUGUUAACGUUUUACAAAACUCGCCUAUACAUGGUUAUUUUAUCACAUUUGAUGAUAUUUUAGGACUUUUUUCUUUGAAGGCUAAUUUUAUUAUUCAUCUGGAGAAAAGUGUAAACACCAUCCCUUACCUGAGAAUGAAAGAAGACAAAUUCCACAUUGACUUUCCUCAACGAAAACAGAAUCUCUAUCAAAAAGUCGUGGGUUUACUGUACUUCGGUAGCGAAAUGGACGCAGUCGACGGUGAGAAAAAUGAGCAUGAAUAUGAAUAUGAAAUCAUUGAAAUGGAAAUUACUUGGGAAGAUCAUAUUGAAAAAGCGGUUGAACUUAAAUUAGAAAAUUUUCGUUCAAGCUUACGGGAUGAAUUGAAAGUAAUCCACGAUCAAAUUAAAGAAGAUCGUAAACACUUGGAAGAAAAGAUGGAAAUGAUAUCAGAGAAGUUGAAGUAA